AUGGCAGGCUACUGGAUGGAUGAUAACUCUCAAAAUUGGUUUUCUCAACCAGGUGGUGGGAAACAGCAGCAGGGCUGGGGACAAUUCGAUUAUACGCAACCAAGCACUCAGGCUUCGCAGAAUCAGUAUUCUUACUAUACACAGCAGACAACGUCCGGUCAGUCAUAUGAGGGGCAGAUGUUCAUACCAUCUCAACAACCUUCUGCCCCGUCAGAAGACUUUGAAGAUGAACCUCCAUUGUUAGAAGAACUAGGAAUUAAUUUUUCUCAUAUUAAAGAAAAGACCCUGGCGGUGCUUAAUCCAGUGGGAACUGUAGCUCCAGAC